GGUCUCCGCGCGCCCCCCGCCUCCCUCUAUGAGGCAGAGGCCGCGGCGGCCGUUCGCGCUGUCGCUCCGGGGGCCGCGGCGGGCGGGGCUCCGGCGGGGCUCGGCCUAGUCCCCACCCCAGCCCGGCUCCCUCCCUCUCCCCGAUGCAGGGGGCCGAGCUCCGGGAUGGCGAGGCGGCGGCGGCGGCGGCCGCUUCCUACCGCGUCCUGAGCCGCCUCCUCGGUUAUGGAGAGGCGGCCCCCGAGCCAGGCCCGCCGCUGCCGCCGCCGCCGCCUCCGGGCCAUGGCCCUCCGCCGCCACCCUUCCUCACGCGGCCGGGCCCGCGGGGUGCGCGACCGCCGCAGCUGAUGGUGUUCCGCAACGUGGGGCGGCCGCCUGAGGAGGAGGACGCGGAGGCGGCUCCGGAGCCGGGACCCUCAGAACUGCUGUGUCCCCGGCACCGCUGUGCCCUGGACCCCAAGGGCCUGCCGCCGGGACUGGCGCUCGAGCGGACCUGGGGCCCGGUGGCUGGACUCGAGGCACAGCUCGCGGCUCUUGGGCUCGGGCAGCCGGCGGCGCCGGAGGUCAAGACAGUCGCCGGGGGUUGCUGCCCGUGUCCGUGUCCCCCGCAGGCGGCCCCUCCGCAGCCCCAGCCGCCUGCUACCGCCCCGCAGGCCGGGGAGGAUCCUACGGAAACGAGCGACGCGCUGCUGGUGCUGGAGGCCUUGGAAUCGGAGGCCGAGAGCUUGGAGACGAACAGCUGCUCGGAAGAGGAGCUCAGCAGCCCGGGCCGCGGAGGAGGAGGAGGGGGCAGCCGGUUGCUGCUGCAGCCCCCGGCUGCCGAAUUACCUCCCGUGCCCUUCCCGCUGCAGGACUUGGUCCCUCCGGGGCGCCUGAGUCGAGGGGAGCAGCCACAGCAAGCUCUCCCUCCGCCGCCGCCGCCUCCUCCGGGGCCCCUCCGGCCGCUCGCCGGCCCUUCUCGGAAGGGCUCCUUCAAAAUCCGCCUCAGUCGCCUCUUUCGCACCAAGAGCUGCAACGGGGGCUCGGGCGCUGGCGACGGGAGCGGCAAGAGGCCUUCUGGAGAGCUGGCUGCUUCAGCUGCGAGCCUCACGGACAUGGGCGGCUCCGCGGGCCGGGAGCUGGAUACGGGGAGGAAACCCAGGUUGACAAGAACCCAAAGUGCCUUUUCUCCAGUCUCCUUCAGCCCCCUGUUUACAGGUGAAACGGUGUCGCUUGUGGACGUGGACAUUUCUCAGCGGGGCUUGACUUCUCCUCACCCUCCAACUCCCCCUCCUCCUCCAAGAAGAAGCCUCAGCCUCCUAGAUGAUAUCAGUGGGACGCUGCCUACGUCUGUCCUUGUGGCUCCGAUGGGGUCUUCCUUGCAGUCUUUCCCCCUACCUCCGCCUCCUCCACCCCAUGCCCCAGAUGCGUUUCCCCGGGUUGCUCCCAUCCGAGCAGCUGAAUCCCUGCACAGCCAGCCCCCCCAGCACCUCCAUUGUCCCCUCUACCGGCCUGACUCGAGCAGCUUUGCAGCCAGCCUUCGAGAGCUAGAGAAGUGUGGUUGGUACUGGGGGCCCAUGAACUGGGAAGAUGCAGAGAUGAAGCUGAAAGGAAAGCCAGAUGGUUCCUUCCUGGUACGAGACAGUUCUGACCCUCGCUACAUCCUAAGCCUCAGCUUCCGGUCCCAGGGCGUCACCCACCACACUAGGAUGGAGCACUACAGAGGAACUUUCAGCCUGUGGUGUCAUCCCAAGUUUGAAGAUCGCUGUCAGUCAGUUGUGGAGUUCAUUAAGAGAGCCAUCAUGCACUCCAAGAAUGGGAAAUUUCUCUAUUUCCUGAGAUCCAGAGUUCCAGGAUUGCCACCAACUCCAGUCCAGCUGCUCUAUCCAGUGUCCCGAUUCAGCAAUGUCAAAUCCCUCCAACACCUUUGUAGAUUCCGGAUCCGACAGCUUGUCCGGAUAGACCACAUUCCGGAUCUCCCACUGCCUAAACCUCUGAUCUCUUACAUCCGGAAGUUCUACUACUACGAUCCUCAGGAGGAGGUGUACCUGUCGCUAAAGGAAGCGCAGCUCAUUUCCAAACAGAAACAGGAGGUGGAGCCCUCCACGUAGCAAGGGGUCUCUCCUGGCCACCACUGAGGGUUUUUGGUUGCCAAGCUCCAGUUUUGAAGAACCAGAUGAAGUUAACAUGAAAAGAAGAGUAAGGACAAGCAAAAUGCAAUAGGAAGGGCUGGGAUUUUCUGUGCAUAGACUUGGUUUCCCUUUGCAGCCCUAGGGCUUGGAAGAAGCACACACUGUCACUUGAGUUGGGGCUCCACUGUCACAUCCACCCCUGUGGUGUCCUGGGACUGGAUGAGCUCCUUGCAAAACUGGAAGAAGUCUCAACACUGUUCAGUACUGAGUGUUUUUUUGUUGUUGUUGUUUUGUUUGUUUUGUUUUGUUUUCCUAGAAAUGAGUUCUGCUUUUGAUAUUUUUAUUUCUCAGUAUGGGAAAUUCGCUUUAAAGGCAGCUGGGAUUUGUGCUCAUUGAAUCGGAGGUGAUGUAAGGAGUGAGCAGGUCCAGAGAAGGGGUGGGAGGAGAGGGUGCAGCCAUUCAGCUGCGGCUGGAGGCUGACUUGAGUCUUCUGCAGGGACCUCGAAGAUGGAGAGGAAGCAGGACAAUUUGCUCUUCUGCCACAGGUGGCUUCGGCAGGAGAGAAAAAAGUGUGACCAGUCGUGAAGAAAGGAUGAUUGGACAAAAACUGACAGAUGGUCUUCUCUGGGGAAAGUAGUGACUCCUUGUCCUUUUUCUACAAGGUUUAGGAACCUAAUUUCAGAAUUACUGCUCAUGGAAGCUAUAUUGGUGUUGUUUUACUUAAUUCCUUAAGCUGUUUGAUCUAAAGCUAACCCUAUUCCUUCAUCAGCAGCCCCUUCUGGGAUAACUGCCCUUAACUCUGGUCAGGAUAACAUUCCUGUGUCGCCUGAGCAAUGCAGAGCUCCAGCUGUGGGCUGCUGAGGUUGAUGGCACAUGCAUCCAGAAUCCUAGUGGCAAAGUGCACCACAGCCUGGGAGGCAGUGUCACCUCUGUCAGCCACGAAAGGGAGUGCAGAGAAAGGGGAGAAGCAAAGGUAUUGUACUGUAGUUGGGCUCUUCCUAGAGAAAGCGCUGAGGUCGGCCUUCACGAGCUUCCUAAAUUCAGAGGAAGAGAGUAUUACGUGUUUUUAGAUUGAGCACUGUUGUUCUGGGACGAAGAAGCAAGGGAGGCUUUUGUCCAUGUUAGGAAUGCAGACUUCCUGUGUCACAUCCUGUUCCCUUCAUUCAUUGGGGAAUCUGUCAGAACUGAUGUGAUAGCUGCUGCUCUUUCAGGUGGACAUGCCAGAGAGGGGCCACAGUACCAGGACUUUCUGGCCAUCUACUUGUUUCUGUAGCUGCCCAUGGCUGGAGCAUACAGUUACAAGUGUGAGGUCGUUGCUCUCUGGGGAGAACUAUACUGUUGAGAUGUGACCGGUGGGCUGUGGGGUCUUUUACACUUCUGUGAGACUGUCUUGGGUUCCCACGUUUGUAUCUGUCUUAUCUCGGCACAGUCCUGUCAGGUUUGUGGUUUCCUGAUGGCUGGGUAGAGGCCCUCAUGUCUUGGCUGUUUAUAGAUCUGUCUCAUCUGAAGGCCUUGGCCUCUGCCUGAGGUCCUGCACGAAUUGGCUGGUCUCCCUCUUCUAACUGAGUGUUGGGCACCUCAUGUCAUUCGCUGACUAUUGAGAGGUGGCUGGCCACCUGGCAUCUAUCCUGUAGCAUCUUUUCUAUCCUUGGCUUCCGCUGUGGUUUGCCAGCUAAGAAACAUUGUAAUUCCACAAUUUGGCUUAAUGAGACUAUCUCAUUAGUCCUCUUUGAACUCACCAGUUCUGUCUCUGGAUUAAACAAAUGACUCAGCUUCUUACAGAAAAUGCUACCUGGAGCCUGAAGCUAUUGAGAUCCUCAAAAGGCUGAUGUGCAACUAUCUGGAAUUUUGGCUAUCUAUAAAGCUAGCAUUAUUUUUUAACGUGUGCUUGCCUGGCUGUGGACUAGAUACAGUGGAAGAUGUAAGAGGCAGAAGACGUGAUGCCUGGUCUCUGGGAGUUUUCAGAUAAGUGCCACGCAUGAAGCACUUGUAGAACAACUCACUGUGGUGCAGAACCCAGGACCUCUGUUGAGAGUAAAUGAGAUCAGGGUGAACCAGAUGGUCUGUGCAAGCUUUGGGAUGCUGGUGAGGGCAGGACGGUGAGAUUAGAGAGACGCAAUGUGUUCAUGAGACAUACUGCACAGUGCAUCGCCCCUAUUAUGGCAACACCAUUCAAGACUUCUUUUUUGGUGCAGUGGUUAGACUGAAACUUCCUGGGUGUCAGACAGGUCUGGAGGUGAAAAAUUUGUGGUGAUGAGGUGGAACCUGAAGCCAGAGGUCCCCAGGCUCCUGCUCAUCACCAGGGACUCCCUUCUGUCACCUCUGCCAGGCAGGGAGGCAGAGCUCUGCACCUCUGUGGCUCUGGGGUUUCUACUGUGCAACUCGUACACUCGGAUCAGAACCAGCCAGCUGAGGCAGGAGCCAAGUUCAGCACCUGCCAUCUCUUGUUCCUCUUCCAGGCAGGAGUGUUGAGCCUUGUCCAUGGAGUGGGCUGUAGAACAGGCUUGUAUGAAAGGAGGCAGUAUCCAUUGGUCAUGGCCGUUGGGUACCUGUGUGGAUGGCUUUGUGUGGAACCAGUUGGGUCAGGCUGGAGAAAGGGCAGCUGUCUGAGGUGUAGUGGGCAGAGCAUCAGCAGAGCGCCAGGAAUGGGGGCAGCAGGGCCAGGGACUACUCUCGGCCUUCACUCUCGGCUGUCCUGCUGGGUGUGCCAACAAAUCCGGUAUGGAGAGGGGGCACAUGCUUAUAAGUCUGGACAAGGCUGUCACUUCCAGGAACAUGUUGAUGAAUUCUGAAUUGUGAACAAGUGGUGUCAGUGCCCUCGGCCCGCACGGGUAGCUCUCACGGACCUCUGACUGGUCACUGUAACCAUUCUUGAGGCAGGUGUGAAUACGUGUGUACUAGUAAUGCUACUGCUACUGGCUGCUCUUACUGGAGGUGAAGGUUCUGUGCUGGAGGCGAAGCUGGCUCUUAAUAGAGUUGGCAUCCUUGGGCCUUGACCUUGGCCUGGUUGCCUGGAUAAAGUGAAUAUGACACCACAGUAUAGAAACUGUGGGGGCAGCGGCAGCCUUCUGAGAGAAAAGGCUUGGUGGGAAGCUUGCCUCCAUAGUUCCUGUUCCUUGCUUCUUCCCUCCUUUUCACUGGGGCACCUUGUUGGGGUUGGGAAUAAUAAGAAAAUAGCUGUACAUAACCCUCCAGGGCACAUCCUGGAAAAACUGGAGCAGGAUGGGGUGGGGGCAUGGUUAGAGUUCCCAGAUCCAGCUGUGAGAGACUGGAUAGGCCCGGAAGUACCCUGGAGUGCCAGCCCUCUCUGCCCUCACACUGGGCUCCCAGAAGCAUGCCCGAUUGAAGUCCUCUCAGCCCAGUGGGAUGUGAAAAAGGGAGGCACUCUUUCGUUGGGUUGCAUCCUUUCCUUCCCUGCGGCAUCUCCCUUAGCUUUGAGCCCUGAAGUUAAAGGACUAGGCUCUGGGAUACAGUUCUGUGACUGUUGGGCAGACAUGUGAAAGUCAGGGUGUGUGUGUGUGUGUGUGUGUGUGUGUGUGUGUGUGUGUGUGUGUGUGUGUGUGUGUGUGUCUUUGUUCGUUUGCAAAAGUCUUGCCACCAGUUGGAGUGUUGAGAGCAUCUCCAUUGGCGGGGAGACCUGACAUUUGUUUUUCACUUUUUAAGAGAAUGCCAUGCCCCCUGUGUGUAAGGGAGGAGCUUUUGAGUUAGACAUUUUCCCUAUGGGAAUCCUCUUGGUUUGUUUUGUGGGAAGGGGGGAUGGGUAAGUGAUUUUUAUCUCUGACCGUCAACACAGCUGUUCUUACACUGAAUUUGUGCUAUUGCAUACAUGUAGCCAUCUUUCUUUUCACUGCAGCAGUGUUUAUCAGUAGUUCAAAAUGAUUUAUUUGCUCCUGGGGAGUAAAAACUUUUUUUUUUAUUAAAAAAAAAAAAGAAAAAGAGCAAAAAAAAAAAGAAAAGAAAGUGUACCCCACCACCUACUAUGAAUGAUAGCUAUAGGAUUAUUAGACCACAAAGGUCAAGGCUGCAAGUCCCCACAAAAUACCCUGUUUUGACACUGGAGCCUUCAUUUGCAGCAAGAAAGACAGGAGGCCUUGCGAAGAAGGAGUGCCAAGUUUGGGAGCAGUGAGGUGAGGGUUGAACCCUAGAAGCAGGCACUGGGGACUGCGUCCUGCAGUUAGAAAAUCAUGAGUUGUAUUGAAAAUGCUGACUUUCUUAUCUGCCCUAGAAAGACCUUUCUUUACGUGCAGAUUGCAUAUGUCUUUGUUCUUUUCACUGCUUCCUGACCUUCCUGGUGGGUGUCUCCCCAUUUCCUGCUGUCUUCCCACCUAUCCUCUCUACACCUGCUCCUAGCCCUUCCCGCUCCAUCUACCUCCCAGGAAGCCAGUCCUGCAUGCUGAGUUUAUGACAUGCCUUCACUCCCAUUUCAUCUUGAGCAAGUUUUAGAAGGUGUCUAGAAUGUCUCCCUUCUCUCCUUCCUCCUCCUCCACAGUACCAAGAGGCAUCAGGAGUGGGCACAGAACAGCCAGCUGGGGUGGGUGAGUGUGUCUGGUUGCAGCUAGACUGUGAUCGAAGUUACCCCUGCAGAUGGAGGAAGACUUGGAUACCCUCCACCAGAAUCCACUCAGCCCGGCACACCACUACAUCCUCAGCCCCCACCAGCUCUGCAGGAGCAGGGUGGCCGUGACAACUUCCCACCUCUGAUGCUGACCUUCAGCAGGGUCCUGCCCCUUGCCAUUCGUCGCAGAUCCUUGUCCUAGGGGCCAGUUGCUGGGAUGCCAGAAGCGGUGCUGCCCACUACACAGCCAUUGCUGUACGAUUUUGGUUGUUUUGAAGAAGCUGAGUGGAGGGGUUAUCAUUCUAGGCUCAGGGCAGUGGGAUCUUCACCAGAGGGGAGCCCACCCACCUGCCUGCAGCCUCCUCUGUCCUCUUGGCCACCCUGCCUCCUCCAAGCCAAAGUGUGGCCUGGCUUUUGUCUUCCCGUUUGGUUUCCCUCUCCUUUUUUGUGCUUAAUUUAUUAAGAUAGUUGCUGUAUAAUUUAUUUUCAUAAACUAUAAAAAAUUACUAAAUGGUUAAAAUAGACUUGCAGGCCAAUCUUUAAUGGGGCGGGAGGGUCUGUGGGUGGGUGGGGAAAGGGAAAGAUGUUUUGAUAUAAACAAAACAAAUGCACUUUGGGUGUGUUUUGGUAUUUUUCUGGGGGUUGUGGGGAUGGGUGCUAGGAAGUCCCUGUAGCUUAGUUCUAGAAUGGGGUGUCUGUACAUACUGUAUUAAUAGGCAUGUUUGACUCAUAAAGGGCCGUUAGUAGCUGCUGCAGGUCCUGUUUGGAACCCUUGUGUACAAUUCCCGGUUUUUGUAAGUGUCAGUGCGGGAGACAUUUGACUCUGGUGUUUGUAUCUCCUUUUUAUGAUUGCUGUACCGACCCAUGUCUUUUUGGGGAGGGGUGAAGAGAUUUGAAAUAAAAAUGUUUA